AUGCCUGGAUUAACAAGAGACCCCACAGAGGACAUCGACUAUUCUGAUAUCGAAGCGAAAUACGAGGUCCAUUUCGAUGAUAGCUUAGACAACACCGUUGUUGUGGAUGGAAUCCCAGUCAUCGACAAAUCGAAGUUGGAGAAGCUCUUGUCUAAAAUCGCGAAAGAAUUCAACAAGAAGGGCACGUCAAUCAAGGUGGACGAUAUCUUCGUACCAUGGGACGACGCCAAGGGGAAGAGCAAAGGUUACGCUUUCAUUGACUUCCGUACGGCGGAUGAGGCCGAGCUGGCCAUUGUUGCAAUGCACAAUCAUCCAUUCGAUGCGAAACAUACAUUCAAAGUCAAUCGGUUCACUGACAUCGAGAAAUACGCUGAGAUGGACGAAACUUACGCAGAGCCAGAAACUGAGGAGUAUGUUCCUAGGGAACAUCUCCGUGCAUGGCUAGCUGAUUCCCAAGGCCGUGACCAAUACAUUACUCAUAGAGGCGAGGAAGUUGAAAUACAUUGGCACGGAAAGCCUUCGCAGUGCGAAAUUGCGCACAAGCCAAAAUGGGAACAUUUCCUCUAUGUAGCGUGGUCUCCUUUAGGCACAUAUGUUGGCACCCUCCAUCGGCAGGGCGUACGUCUUUGGGGUGGUCCCUCAUGGAAGCCUCAGCAACGUUUCGCUCAUCCGCUGGUUAAAUUGAUCGACUUCUCUCCUUGCGAAAACUACCUCGUCACAUGGUCCAACGAGCCUAUCGUUGUGCCUGCCGGCGCCCCUCAAGGUCCUCAAUACCUCUCACCAGAUGACGAAGGCAAUAAUUUAGCCGUUUGGGAUGUCAAAUCUGGCCAUCUCCUUCGCACGUUCUCCACAUUCAACGAAAACGAAACUCCUUCACAAAAAAAUCAGAUGCAAUGGCCCGCGUUAAAGUGGAGCCCCGACGACAAAUUCGUUGCCCGUGUCACCCCUGGUCAAAUGAUCAGUGUCUACGAGCUGCCGAGCAUGUACCUACAUGAGAAAAAGAGCCUGAAGAUAGAAGGUGUCGUAGAUUUCGAAUGGUGCCCACAUGGCGACAAGGACAUAGAUGACGGUGUCAAUGGAGCUGGAAGCAAACCUCCGAAGAAGAAUAAGGAGAAUAUGUUAGCGUACUGGACUCCUGAAGUGGCAAAUCAACCCGCGCGCGUCACUCUAUUGAGUUUUCCUAGUCGCACGAUCUUGCGGCAAAAGAACUUGUUCAAUGUGACAGAGUGCAAGCUAUACUGGCAAAAUCAAGGCGAGUUCUUCUGCGUGAAGGUCGAUCGUCAUACCAAGACCAAGAAGUCGAUUUUCUGCAAUCUCGAAAUCUUCCGAGUCCGUGAAAAGGACUACCCAGUUGAAGUAGUUGAGCUUAAAGACACAGUAACGGACUUUUCAUGGGAACCUAAUGGCGAACGCUUUGCUAUCGUGUCCAGUAACGAUCCCAACCUUGGGAAUCCCGGUCCCGGUGUCACGAUCAAAACAGACGUUAGCUUCUAUCAAUUAGAUCACGACAAAAAUGACUUCAAGCUUCUCCGAACACUCACUGGACGUACGAGUAAUGCUAUACGCUGGUCUCCUAAAGGACGGCAUCUGGUUCUUGCCACUGUCGGCUCGUCAACCAAGUCCGAGCUUGAAUUCUGGGACCUCGAUUUCAAUUCGGUGGACUCAGUGCGCAAAGAGGCCAGUGCGUCUAAAGACGACUGGGGUACAAGUGUUCAACUCCUCGGCACUGGUGAUCAUUAUGGGGUGACAGAUCUGGAGUGGGAUCCUAGUGGCCGUUACUUAGCCACGAGCGCGAGCGCAUGGAGGCACACGCUUGAAAACGGCUACGCAAUAUGGGAUUUCAAAGGACAAGAAUUAGAAAAGCACAUUCUAGACCGCUUCAAGCAGUUCAUCUGGCGGCCUCGCCCACGGACGCUACUUACGCGAGAACAACAGCGUAAGAUUCGCAAGAACUUACGUGAAUACAGUCGGGCAUUCGACGAAGAAGAUGCUGCAGAAGAGAGUAAUGUCUCUGCCGAACUGAUCGCGCUGCGCAAACGCCUUGUGGACGAAUGGAAUGCUUGGCGACUUCGUUGCAAGAAGGAGCUAUUGGAGGAGCGUGGACAAAAGGAAAGCCGACACGAUGAGGAAGAAAAGGAGGAGAUUGAAGUUUGGGUGGACGAGGUGAUAGAACAAACGGAGGAAGAGGUAGUCGAGUGA